UUUCCUUUUAUGGAGAGGGGAUGCAGCGCGAGCUCUGUUAAAACCCUGCAAUUUAUUGGCCUCCAUUGCAGUCGAGUCCAGACAUCCUACUGGAGUGUAGCGCUCGUUCACAGCCAACCUAAGCCGACAACCCUCCCUCAAACAGAAAAUGGAUGACGAAAUCGCCGCCCUCGUUGUUGACAACGGAUCCGGUAUGUGCAAAGCUGGCUUUGCAGGAGAUGAUGCUCCACGUGCUGUGUUCCCCUCCAUUGUUGGACGUCCCAGACAUCAGGGUGUGAUGGUUGGUAUGGGCCAGAAAGAUAGCUACGUUGGUGACGAGGCACAGAGCAAAAGGGGUAUCCUGACCCUGAAGUACCCCAUUGAGCAUGGUAUUGUCACCAACUGGGACGACAUGGAGAAGAUCUGGCAUCACACCUUCUACAACGAGCUGAGAGUUGCCCCUGAAGAGCACCCUGUCCUGCUCACAGAGGCUCCCCUGAACCCCAAGGCCAACAGGGAAAAGAUGACCCAGAUCAUGUUCGAGACCUUCAACACUCCCGCCAUGUAUGUGGCCAUCCAGGCUGUGCUGUCCCUGUACGCCUCUGGUCGUACCACUGGUAUUGUCAUGGACUCCGGUGAUGGUGUCACCCACACAGUGCCCAUCUAUGAAGGUUAUGCCCUGCCCCAUGCCAUCCUCAGGUUGGACCUGGCUGGCAGAGACCUCACAGACUACCUCAUGAAGAUCCUGACUGAGAGGGGUUACAGCUUCACCACCACAGCUGAGCGUGAAAUUGUGCGUGACAUUAAGGAGAAGCUGUGUUAUGUUGCACUGGACUUUGAGCAAGAAAUGGGCACUGCUGCCUCCUCUUCAUCCCUGGAGAAGAGCUACGAGCUGCCUGACGGACAGGUCAUCACCAUUGGAAAUGAGAGGUUCCGUUGCCCCGAGGCCCUCUUCCAGCCUUCUUUCCUUGGUAUGGAGUCUUGCGGUAUUCAUGAAACUACCUUCAACAGCAUCAUGAAGUGUGAUGUGGACAUCCGUAAGGACCUGUACGCCAACACUGUCCUCUCUGGCGGUACCACCAUGUACCCUGGCAUUGCUGACCGUAUGCAGAAGGAAAUCACUGCCCUGGCACCCACCACCAUGAAGAUCAAGAUCAUUGCUCCCCCAGAGAGGAAGUAUUCUGUAUGGAUUGGUGGCUCCAUCCUGGCUUCCCUGUCCACCUUCCAGCAGAUGUGGAUCAGCAAGCAGGAGUAUGAUGAAUCCGGCCCCAGCAUUGUCCACAGGAAGUGCUUCUAAACGGACUUGUCAUUCCGCUUCCCCAAAACACACACUGCUACAAACCCAAACGACUGGCUCUGCAUACAUGCCUACACCAACACACUGGUGUAUGCUGAGCCCAUUACACUCUUCCCACUUUCCCUCAUCACUGGCUAUAGCACCAUGCCCCCUGAUGGGGAGAAACUCUGCAGGAAGUACAGAGCGUCCCAGGCGGUGUGAAAUGUGUGGAACAUGAUGUCCAUUGUCGUGUUUGUGUAGGUCCUUUUCAGAUGUGUUUGUUCACCACCUUAUUUGCCUCUAUGAAGGUUUAUUUUCUGGUUGGGUUGGCACCGCCCAACAGACGUGUAGUAUUGCUUAUGUAAAUUAUGUAAUCUUUUGUUUUUGUAAUUUCAGCCUUAAGCAAUACUUGGUCUAGUUUCUUUUGUCAUUCUGCAAAAGACGAAGCUUCUACCUUGUAUGAUGUAUGAAGGUUUGUGCAUGGGGCUUCAAGCCUCUGGUGUACACAACUUAAUAAAGCGCACAUGUCUAAAAUUUUG